AUGUUUACUCAACCCUCCAGCAUGCUGGAAUUUUUCCUUCCAUUCCUUCUGGGCCAAACUCCCGACCCUCAUGAUCCUUGCUACAAUGCCAACCAGCGCCCACAAUUCUGCCUGCCUGAGCUGUCAGAACUGGCAUCGGGCCGUCUGGUGGAAGCCUCCAGUACGUGCAACGGUCCUCCUGGGCGAUUCUGCGCCUUUCGCGAUUCAACCAACCCAGCUUCCAAAUUCUGCCAAGGUUGUCAAGAACAUGCCCACCGGUCACAGCGUCUCACAGACAGUGACGGGGAUACAACAUGUUGGUGGUCUCAGCCAACAGCCAAUGCCACGCUUACUUUGGCUUUGGGCCGGCGAAUGGAAAUCCUUUACGUGGCUCUGCGAUUCUGCUCCCCACGACCAGAAUCUUUGGCCAUUUACAAGUCCAUGGACUAUGGACGCAGUUGGAUGCCUUUUCAGUUCUUUUCCAGCCGCUGCUGGCGGCGUUACCAUCUGCCACCAACCACCACCAUUGUGAAAAGCAUGGAGCAUGAAGCAGUUUGUAUCGAGGCCCAAACAGCACUGAAGCCCCUCACAGGAGGGCUGGUGGCCUUCAUGCCUCUUGCAGGCCGCCCUUCGGCCCAGAGGUUCGAGUACAGUCCCAUCCUCCAAGACUGGGUGACUGCUACUGACCUCCGCAUGUCCUUUGACCGCAUGCACUCAGCCCGGAUUUUAGGGAUGCGCAGGAAGGAGGCUUCCUAUGGAGUAGCUGAGCUGCAGGUUGGAGGCAGAUGUAAAUGCAAUGGACAUGCCUCACGGUGCACAGCUGGGAAAGAUGGAGGGGUACCCCAGUGUGAUUGUCGGCACCACACAGCUGGCCCUGAAUGUGACACCUGCAAAACUUUCUACUGGGAUAGGCCCUGGCAACGGGCAACCCCCAAAGAUGCUCAUGAAUGUGUGGCCUGCAACUGCCACCGCCAUUCCAAACGCUGCCGCUUUAGCAUGGAGCUUUUCGAACUUUCAGGGCGCCGGAGCGGGGGAAUCUGCUUGAACUGUCGCCAUCACACGGCCGGGCGCCACUGCCAGUAUUGCUCACCAGGCUUUAAGCGUGACUUCAGCCAUCCCAUCACCAGCCACAGAGCCUGCAAAGCAUGCCAAUGUCAUCCUAUUGGGGCUACUGGAGCCAUUUGCAACCAGACCACCGGGCAAUGCCAGUGCAAGAACGGAGUCACAGGCCUGACCUGUAAUCGAUGUGCCCAGGGUUUCCAGCAAAGCCGCAGCCCUCACAUACCCUGCAUUCGAAUCCAGGAGGAGGUGACAACUACAGUUAUCCCACCCCAGGAAUGGAAAGCAGGUCUUAACUGUACUGAAUGUCAAAGCCAUUGCACACCACCACAAAAACAAAGUGUCCACAUGAACUUGAAGAACUAUUGCAAGAAGGAUUACGUUCUCCAGGCCCAGCUUUUAGCCAUACAGAAGUCUGGAACAUGGUGGCAAUUUACAGCCUCAAUCCUGACUGUCUACCGCCAGCGUCACGUGCCUAUUCGUCGGGGAGAGCAGCCCCUCUGGGUACCGGAACAAGAUUUAGCCUGCCGGUGCCUCCACCUCCAAGUGGGCAAAUCUUACCUUAUCAUCGGCAAUGACGAUGAGUCGCCUGACCCUGCCCGGCUAAUCCUUGACAAAAACAGCCUUGCUCUGCCCUGGAGGGACGCCUGGGCGCAUAAACUGCGGAGUUUCCAGCAACAAAGCAAGCGUGGAAAAUGCUGGGGCGUCUAAGCCAGAGAGGUGAUGGGAAAGUGGGUGAAGAAACAGGUAGGAAAAGGCCUGAAUGGGUAAAAAAAACAACUCACCUCACACUCAAGUUGAGUUUCAGAGUCCCACACAGACUCUCCCUUGGGUAUAAAAAGCUGAGCCUAAACUGGAACUGGUUUUGAUUUUAAAGGUUUAGUUCUGCAUAUCAGUGACCUUUCAUUCAUCCUUCUGACAGACCUAUGGGUUGAGAUAUUAUGCCCUCUUUGCAAGACAGAGAAACUCAGCUAAACUAGAAACAUGAUUUUGGAUGAAUUAAUGGAAAAUAUUUGGGCAUGGGAAGCUGCUGAUUAAGUUAUAGAACCCUCCACCAGCUUCAGAGCCAGCAGGAGACUAGCUGGGCAAAACAUAUGCUACCCUUCACUAGCAAAUUCUAUCCUGCAAAUAGUGCUGUCAAUAUUUAUCACAUAACACAGAUGGAGAUUGGAGAGUCCCCUUCUCUCCCUUCAUAGGAGACAGGAUAAAGAAUAAGACUCAGACAGAGGUGAAGCUGAGUUUUGACAGAGGGCUAAAGAAUCCAUCUUGGUCGUCUGUCAAAACCCAGUUUUUGGGAGAAAGUUUUUUUCACAGCUACAUUCGAAAGGAACCUCACCAUCAGUUGAUAUCCGCUAAUAGUCAGGUUUCUUUUGGUCACGAGUUUGGCAUUUUUCAAGGGUGAUGACUAAAUUAGUCAAGAACCAGUUCUGACAAUAACUCUUCCUGAGAGACCUUUGAAACCAAAACUAUUGAAGUAGUUAAGAACUGUAAUGUAUAAAGUUGUUAAAAAAGCUGUAUUGUGUCAAAAUAUAUUUUAAACACAGCAAAUUACUACAAUGCCAAUAAAACAGAACUUCUCAGACAUUGUGGUGUCAAGAACCACUAAAAUUUCAAAUACGUCUGACCUUUCCCAUCACCUUCAUAUCAGACAUUCAGGAAACUGCUCUAAAUAAUACAAUUUAACUAAAGCUAAAUUGAAACCCUUGAGAAAUGGAGUGGU